GUGAUGGACCGUGUAAGAAGAAUAAAUACAAAUAUACCCACUGCUGCCACAAGGCCCCCCAUCGCCACAUUCCUCUGCUUAUAUGGCCUCACUUUUAUCCACCCUAUCCCAAUCACCACCUUUCUCACUUGCUCAGCUUCACUAGUUAGCUGCAUUAUGGUGUUCUCUAUGUUAUCCAGUCUACUGGUGUGGCUGUUACUACUUUCGACAUGCGCGAAAUCUUUGGCUCAUCAGAACAGGACUAAUGAGUUGAAAGUAACUAGCCCCGGAGAAGCCUAUGGGCAUUGGGUUAGCAGGAUGGGGUCACUGAAGCACUCUCUGUUCCAGAAAGCAAAGAACAAGUUAAGGCCAUGCUUGAAACUCAAAGUACAUAAGGAUCCGAAAAAAGGAGACUUUACUCAAGUGCAGGCUGCCAUUAAUUCACUCCCCAUGUUUAGUCAUUGUAGAGUUGUGAUCAGAAUUAGUCAUGGGAUUUACAGGGAAAAAGUUGAAAUUCCAGCAACAAUGUCUUACAUUACACUGAAAGGAGUAGGCGCAGACAAGACAAUUAUAGAGUGGGAUGACACGGCGGAUAGGAAAGGAACCCAUGGGAAUGUACUAGGUACUUAUUGUUCUGCAACUUUUGCUGUCAAUGCUCCGUAUUUCGUGGCUAGGAAUAUAACCUUCAAGAAUUCAGCUCCACUACCUGCGUCGGGUGCACUAGGAAAGCAGGCCGUAGCUCUGCGCAUUUCAGCUGACACUGCAUCUUUUAUAGGCUGCAAAUUUAUUGGUGCACAAGACACCCUGUAUGAUCACACGGGCAGACACUAUUUUAGGGACUGUUAUAUUGAAGGUUCAGUGGAUUUCAUAUUCGGGAAUGGACUUUCGCUAUAUGAAGGCUGCCAUCUUCAUGCUGUCACCAAUACGUUUGGCGCUUUAACAGCACAAAAGAGGGAUAGCUUGCUCCAAGAAACUGGUUUCUCAUUUCUCAACUGCAAGGUCACCGGGUCAGGUGCUCUGUACCUGGGUAGGGCCUGGGGUUCUUUUUCUACGGUGGUCUUUGCGUAUACUUACAUGGACAAAAUUAUCACCCCUCGGGGAUGGUACAAUUGGGGAGACAAGAACAGGGAGAUGACUGUGUUUUACGGACAAUUCCAAUGUUCAGGACCAGGGGCUGAUCACGGAGGAAGGGUUGCAUGGUCCAGAGAGCUCACUCAGCAGGAGGCUAAACCAUUUAUAUCUAUUGACUUCAUAGAUGGGCAUGAAUGGCUUAAGCACAAAUAAUUAGUUCUGGAUCUUCUGAUGCAUAUAGCACUAGACUAUCAAAUUCUAUAUGACAUGUGAAUCACUGUGUAAUUUACAAGAACAGCUUCGAAUUUUUAAUAAAAGAGGGCGAAUCUGUCCGUCAAUGCAUUGGCUUGCAAA